CUUUAAGAGCGGCUCGUGGAGCAGAGAGAGCGCCUCGUCGGGAGGCAGAAACGAGCAAUACGAAAGAAAAAUACGCUUCUAUUUUUGUUGUUUUUCCGCAGAAAUUAGGAGGAGGUCUUGUUUUUUUUUUUUUUUUUUUUUUGACGUUGCAAGCCUUUCUCCUGCGGAGUGUGGCGCUGAAAAAAAAGAAAAAGAAAAACCAGGAUUGACCCAGAGGAGCGAGUUGUCUGCAGAUCUCCGUGGUUGGAUUCGCUCGGCUAGUUUAGCUAGCCGGCCUAGCUUUCACCUCUGCCCGGGAAGCGCGUCACCAUUUCCCAGUCUCUGGCUUGUGGAAGGUCGCUGUUAGCGGUACUUAGCUGACCGGCUGUGCAAUUGAUAGCUAGUUAUCGUUUAUGGGGCGUGUUCACUGGACUUGCACGGUUUGAGCAGAGACUUGACCAGCUUGUGAGGACGAGCUAACUAGCUAUCUGUCACCCUGUCCCACCCUCUCUCUCUCUCUCUCUCUCUUUCGCUAACAUCAGCUAGCUUCAGCUGUUAGCAAAGGCUAAGCUUUUUACAAGGCAACUUUUACAACACAGCUACCUCUGCUUCUUGAAACUCUGUAAACAUUGUUGGUGUUUCUUUAUCCAACCCCUCUCUUUAGUCGAUACACUGGCACGAAGGAGAGAGAAAACGAAGCCCAAAAGUGCAAAGACCAGAGUGAAGCCGAGCGUCUGCUAUCUGUGAGCUGAGAUAAGAGUUUGUUUGCUUGCAGGUUGUUUUGACAUUAGCGUAAGGAGACACUUGUUUAGUGGGGAACCGCCAAAUAUAUAAAAAACCCAGGCACGUGGCUAGUUACUUUGUAAUAUUUUUUAACUCUUAAAACUCCCCUCAGUGCAGUUUGUACCUGGUUGAUAUAGAAAUAAAAACGUUUACGUAUAAAUAAACAAAAAAUCCGCUAUAGGUAAUCCAUUGGCCUUAAAAAAGCUUAUCCGUGAGGCUGUAAAGACCCGGAACCAAACAUUAAUAUAUAUUUUUUAUGCCAGAGAAACUUGUUUUUUGGUACGAAGAAGUAAAUCCUAUGCUCGUCAAACUAAUCUGGGCUACUGGCAUUUAUGUGAACCAGUUCAACAUUUCUCACUGAAGUCAGUUUUUUUCUGAAGCCUUGAUCUUUUGUAGGCCUACCUCUUGACACCUCACUGGGAUACGAGACAUAUGUUAUUCCAACCUUUUUUUCGACUGAGAUUAGAUUGAGAUCUAGGAUAACUAACUCUUGUGACUUGCUCCUUUAAACAGCAAGCGUUUUUCUGUACUGCAGCCUGUCCACUACAUGGACUGAUAAGGAGACGUAUAUUUAUAUUUUUGUACCGCAGUCCAGAAAUUUACAGAAAUAAAUAUUUAGUCAAGUAUCAAGGAUAUCAGCAACACCAUCCAGCCAUGAGUAUUGAGAUCCCGGCAGGUCUGACCGAGCUUCUGCAGGGUUACACGGUUGAGGUGCUGCGCCAGAGGCCUCCGGAUCUGGUUGAGUUCGCUGUGCAGUAUUUCACCCGGCUCAGAGACACAAGGAGUCAAGAUGGAUCCGGGGCCACUGCCAAAUCCGGUGGCAAGGGAGUGAUGUUUGAUGGCGAGCCCAUGCAGACGGAGUCUAAUGGUGAAGAUGACGAUGACGAAGAUGACUCUGACUUUGAGCCGCCUCCCCCCAGCAGAUUUAACCGGAGAGUGUCGGUGUGCGCAGAGGCAUUUAACCCCGAUGAAGAUGAGGAAGACUCUGAGCCAAGAGUCGUUCACCCAAAAACAGAUGAGCAAAGAUGCAGGUUACAGGAGGCUUGCAAAGACAUACUGCUGUUUAAAGCUCUUGAUCAGGAGCAGUUUUCAGAAGUGCUGGAUGCCAUGUUUGAAGUGCUUGUGCAGCCACAAGAACAUGUAAUCGAUCAGGGAGAUGACGGGGAUAAUUUCUACGUCAUUGAAAGGGGCGUGUAUGAUAUUGUGGUGCAGAAGGAUGGCGUGGGCUGCUGCGUUGGUCAGUACAAUAACAAGGGCAGCUUUGGAGAGCUGGCGCUUAUGUACAACACACCUCGAGCUGCUACCAUCAUCUCCAAGCAGGAGGGGGCCCUCUGGGGACUGGACCGAGCAACAUUCCGUAGGCUGAUUGUGAAGAACAAUGCGAAGAAGAGGAGGAUGUACGAGUGCUUCAUUGAGUCUGUGCCACUCCUCAAAUCUCUGGAGCUGUCUGAAAGAAUGAAGAUUGUUGACGUUUUGGGGGUGAAGACUUUUCAGGAUGGAGAGAGGAUCAUCAUGCAGGGUGAGAAAGCAGACUGUUUCUACAUCGUUGAGUCUGGGGAGGUGAAGAUCAUGAUGAAGAGCAAAACAAAAGCAGAUAGACAGGAUAAUGCUGAGGUAGAAAUUGCUCGUUGCACUAGAGGGCAGUACUUUGGAGAACUUGCACUUGUAACCAACAAACCACGGGCAGCCUCAGCUUACGCCAUCGGGGAUGUUAAGUGCUUGGUGAUUGAUGUGCAGGCGUUCGAGCGCUUACUGGGCCCGUGUAUGGAGAUCAUGAAGAGGAACAUUGCUCAUUACGAAGAGCAGCUGGUGGCUCUGUUCGGCUCCAGCAUGGAUCUCAGAGACUGACAGAGACUGGCCGUGCCUUACACACCUCACAUACAUACUCCACAUACAUGCACACACGAACACUUAAGUAAUCGAAUACAUAUAGUUUAUAUGAACACCCCACAAUUUCUAGGCACACACUCCUUUUUAUGUUCAACUCCAACCCCAGAAGACGCACACACAACAAAACGAUUUUCUCUCUGUCCUCUCCUCAAAUCCUCCCCGACCAAUCGUUAACAUGCUCCCCUCUUCUCUCACACACUCGCACUAACACACACCUGCGAUCUCUACAUCAGCUCUCUGGUGUAAAACGGAAGCAUUACGCGUCCCCGAGCUGUGACCUUCAACCGACUUCAAGAAACAAGGACAGCCGUGCAGACACCAGAACAUACUUGCACACUCGAUCGUGCUUCAACAUAUUUGCACAAUGCAACAAAUAAAUCCAGCCAAGGACCCAUCCCUUCCCAUGGACAUACACGUGAAAGGAGAAAAAAAAAACUUCAGAGGAUAUAAAGUAAUAUUUGGAAAAGAAAGGAAGCCUAAAAACAACUAAAAAAAAUGCAAAAAAUAUAUAUAUGGUUGAAGAGAGAAGUUUUAGAAACAUUUUAUGGCAGUGCGAAGCUUUGAUUAACACUUAUUUAAAUAAGACUUGUUUCCUUUCCUGCUAUUGGUGCGUUGAGUUAGUGCUGGUGGUAUCCACGGUGACCAAUGUUAGGUCCUCGUCUUGCUCACACAAACUCCAUAUAUGGUAUUGAUUAAUGUAUUAUUAUUAUUAUUAUUAUUAUUAUCAUUAUUACUACUACUACUACUAUUGUUGGAUUUUUUUUUUUGUUCGUUUUAUUUUCAGCUCUAUUGGAGAAUGUGCGGCAGAAUCUAGUGCUUAUUUCUUCUCUUGGUCAUUCUGGAUGAGUUGUUCUGAAAAGUAAAUAAAGCAAAACAUUUUGUUAA